CUCCAUACGUUCUUCUGCAGCUCCAUCGAAGAUCCAAGAUAUUCGUUUCCACCAUCCACAGACCAUACUGGAGGGACCUCUCAUCCGCUUCACCGCCCUUCAAAAUGGGGAACGAUAUCGAGAAUAUCACCCAAUUGCAUACUCGUACCAGCGAGGAUGCUGGGUCUCUAAAAGCACCUGCGAAAGUUGGCAGACAAGAACUCGCUGAUAUCAUUCCACCCCACGAUUCCUACGAGGGAAAGCACCGAUUCGACCCCAGUGCAACAUGGACGGAAGCCGAAGAGCGCAGUAUCGUGCGCAAGAUCGAUUUUCUGUUACUUCCAUGGCUCUGUCUUAUGAUGUUUGGCCUGCAGCUCGACCGAGGAAAUGUAUCCAACGCCACUGCCGACAAGUUGCUUGACGAUCUUGGUCUGACGACCGACGACUACAACAACGGAAACACUAUUCAACUCCUGGCUUUCAUGUCCGCCGAGUUCCCAGUGCAGCUUCUCAUCAAGAAGUAUGGCUUCAAAUGGGUUUUGCCUACACUGAUGUUGGGCUGGGGGACUGUCUCAUGGGGGCAAGCCUGGCAGCACGAUCGCGCGUCUUUCUACAUCUGUCGAGCGCUCAUCGGUGGUUUCGAGGGUGGCUUCAUUCCGGGUGUGAUUCUAUUCGCCACCUAUUUCUACAAAUCCAAGGAAUUGGCUAUGCGCUUGGCUUGUUUCUGGUCAACUCUCAAUGUCGCUCGCGUCAUCUCCGCUCUUCUGGCUGCUGGAAUUCUGCAAAUGCGGGGUAUUGGUGGAAAGCCCGGAUGGUUCUGGUUGUUCCUCCUCGAGGGUGUUCUGACUGUCCUCAUCGCGUUGGUUUCAUACGUUUGGCUUCCGGAGUCGCCUACUUCCACCAAAACUCCGCUUUGGCGAAAGGGUUGGUUCAAUGAGCGCGAAGAAACUAUCCUGGUCAAUCGAAUCCUCCGGGACGAUCCAGCUAAAGGACUCACGAACAUUCACGAGCCGGCGAAGUGGAAAGAUAUCCGCGCUGCGUGGAGCGACAAAUCAAUGUGGGGACUUUACAUGAUCGGCCUUGUUGCCUACAUUCCCGCUGCUCCUGUUCAAGGCUACCUGACUCUCACACUCAAGCGUAUUGGCUUCAGUACUUUCAACAGCAACAUGUUGACGGUCCCAUCUGCGGUCCUCCAGAUCAUCACUAUGUUGGCCCUGGCAUACAGCAGCGACUAUUUCAACGAGCGCACGCUACACAUCGUCUUCGGCGAGAUCUGGAUCAUGCCCUUGCUCAUUGCGCUUCUAACACUCCCUGACGGCGGUCGCGAAUGGGGACGAUUCACGCUCAUUACUCUUAUUUCGGGAUACCCCUACUUCCACCCCCUAGUCUCAUCUUGGAUCUCGGAGAAUUCAUUCGACGUCAAGAAAAGAGCCAUCACAGCCGCCACGUACAAUGUCAUCGUCCAGAUCGGCUCACUCGUUGGGUCGCAAAUUUAUCGCAAGUGGGAUGGCCCCUAUUAUAAGACGGGCAACAAGGUGUUAGUGGCUAUUUGCGCACUUUCGCUAGUUGUCAUGGUGGUGCAGCGGUGGACACUGGUCCGUUUGAACAAGGAAAAGGAGAAGAAGUGGGCCGCUUUGAGCGCCGAGGAGAAGACUGCGUAUCAGGCCGAUGUUGCUUCGCGUGAUGGGGAGGGAAACAGACGUUUGGACUUCCGCUUUGCGUUAUAA